UUGUACAUUAGUGAAUUAUUUUUCUGUAAUAAAUGAGUACAAUAAAUACUAAGAGAUAUCUAGUCACUAUAAUCAUACAAUAUUUAGUACUAUUCUUUGAUAUUUUUGUUAAUUCGUUUGCUACUUUCUCCCGAGCGAAUCCAAUUAAUUUAUUAAUUCUCUACGUGGCUCAAGAUAUUUGUCUUAUUAUGACUAUUACACUUUUACUAGUUAACUUCUUUUCCACUUACAUUUUUCAGAUAGGAUUAAUACAAUUAUUAUAUACAAAAUUUCGUGUAACACUAAUAUUGUGUAUCAUAUAUAUGGUAUUAAGCAUUAGUUUACAUACAUGGGACAUUAAAGUGCACUGGUCAUCACCUCUCAAAUACUAUUGGACUAAAGAUUUUCAUGUUUUUUACUCAUUACAUAGAGGAGUUGCAGUUUUACACUAUUAUUUCUAUAAAAGGGCAUCUCUUAGAAUCGCAGAUCCAAGAUUCUAUGAAAGUUCAACGUGGAUUCAAAGCCAGUUCAGCCUGUCAUAAUAUUUAUGUUACAAAAGAAACUAACAAAAGCUUUUCACCUGUGAUAAGCAGAAGAAAUGUAUAAUAGCAAAAAAAA